GCACAACGAUGCCGUUCACUCACCAACGACUUGGACAAAACAGUGCACAACAUCAAAACCCGCGCCUAGCGCAGUUGUUGAGACGCGAGAAGACAUCAAAAACAAAAGAAGAGGCCAAGAAGAAUGCUUGCAGCCCUGCAUGUGCAAAUUGAUGUCAUUGACAGGUACAGGUAAGAUGUGUGCAUGCCUAGCACGCCGGAUGGUGCCAAGUGCAAUUUGUGUUCACUCGCGACUUCAACAGAAAACUUUGCGACCUUUGGGGGAAAACACCGGCCAAGCUAGGGCUGGUACGAUGUUUGUUGGCCAGACGUCGCGCUUCGAAGAGGUUUUCAGCCCACUAUCGACGUCAUACCACAAACCAUACAUCAUUUCGUCUGAGCUUGCCGAACGGACCGUAGAAUGGGUGGAGCCUCGCAAAGUUGGACCCCUGUCCAGAUCCCGCAGAGCCUCACCUUAUUUCAGUCUUGGCGUGAGAGGCAAUUCUCGGUGUGUCUGUAAUGAUUACAGGGGUUUGCAGAUUCUUUGGCCGAUUCUAAUAUUUUUCAAUGCUCGGCCAGGCCAGUGCUGGCCGUCUCGUGUCGCGAGAAGGACGUACAUGCCGAUAUGUCUCGCGGCGUACAUCGCAUGCUUAGCACAGUUUCGAGCUCACCUGUCCACACCGUCAUGGUCAGAUUAUAUGUGGACCUGAUAACGGUGUUGAGCUCCACACUGACCGCUAGCCAGCAGCAUGCUAAACAAGGCAGCUUGCUUCGGACGCCGAGUAUCAGCCU